AUGGCGCCGGCCUUCGCCAUCUUGGCCUCCGAUGAUGCUGGCGCCAAGGUGGCCGGCAAGAACUCCGCGGCGGCAGGCAUCCAACUGUUCCAGAUGUUCUCCUCCACAUCAGCAUUGCUGGGGCUGAGUCGUUCCGCAGACUACUCGGCGAGCAAUGCAAACCUGAACUGCCUCAUCAACUUCCGCCGAACCAAUGCCAUCAACGGACAAAGCAACAUGUGGGGUGAGAUCCAGGGCACCGGCCUGGCGGGUGGCGGUACAGGAGCCGCCGGUCGUCACGGCGACACCAGCCAAGGUGCUACGGCAGCUUCUGAGGCGUACACCCCAGAAGGCCUCCCCAGAAAGCUUCCAAAGACACCAGAGCCGGACUUUGUCAGCAAGUAUCCUCCCUCCUACUACCACCGGGAUCCGGCCCGGGCCGAUCUCACCUUGUCCAUGCGCGAAGCCUCGAACCCCACUGAGAUGCAGCACAAGACCAACUUCUCAUCCAUGGAGAAGGAGGGAUUCGCGGCUGUGCGAGGCCUGCAGGUGAGCCUGAAGACCAAGGAAAAAGAUGACAAGGUCUUGCUGAUCGCGAACCUGCCGACUUCAACGCAGGAGCAGCAUGACGGCGUCUCCUGGGCCUUGAAGCGCGGUGAACAGACACUUGGGCCAGUGCACACGACUUGGACCCACGAUCUGGGAAGAGUUGACGGCCUGUGUUUGCCUUGGCUCGACAGCCCGGGGCGUGCCGGUCUGGACUGUGAGUAUUCCGUCUGCGGCCGCCUAAAGGGCAGCGUGCAGCUCUCUCAGCAGAACGAGCGGCGGCAGCUGGCGGCUGUACUUCUGCAGAACGUGCAGGUUGCAAGCGCCGAGAGCUGCGAGGCAAUGGCAGUGCAGCCGGGCCGAUGGUACGAUGUGCCGGGGCUCAAUCAGAUCUCCUACACCAACAAGGGUGAGAAGGUUUUGGUUUUCUGCACGAUCCGCUACACAGCUCUCUGGUCAGACGAGAUGACACGAGGGAGGUUCUCCAUCUUCCGCGACGGGCAGGCUCUUGAUCCGGAACAUUUCGGACUUCAGUCGGUCCGCUCAAUGCAAAAGGGCCUGAAGCGCGUCGCAGUCAUGACUGUGAUGGAUGAUCCCCAAGAGGGCCCGCACCUUUACGAGGUCAGGGCAGCAGUGACGGCUGAAGAGGGAGAGACUCGCGUCUGCCACCUCGACGCCGCACCGAGACAGCUGGGGCUCUUGAGGUUGCCCGGCAGCUCCGUCUCCGGACCGUACAGGAUGAAGGCGGCGUCGGUGGUGGAGGAGGACCAGUGGACCGAGCUUCCUGGGCUUUCGGCCACUGUGACGACCACCAAGGCGCACCAGAAGGUGUUGCUUGUGUGGAGCACGAACUUCAACCCCGAUGGCCUGACCUAUGAAUCCUAUUUCACAGUUAUGCGAUCUAGCCUUGGCGGGCCCAUGCGAAAUCUAGGUAGUGACAGCCAGGGACUUUGGUCAGUCUCAAGUGAGGCGGCUGGGUCAAGUGAGUAUCCAGCAUCCAUGAGCAUCGACUCACCAGGCAUUGGGACGUACACCUACACAGUGCACUGCCGCACUCGGCGGUGUGGCAGCCUCACUGAGCCGAUGCGUGUGGAAGUUGGUCCGGAUGGCCACAUCGCCGCGGUUCUGCUGAAUGCCAAGUUUGCCGACAGUCGAAACGUGGUCGAAAUGAUGGGCAAGGAGAUGGAUGCAGCCCGGUCUGAGCAGUAG